UUAAAAGGUGCAAGUGUUUCCCGAUCACCGGGGAAAUAGAUCCACGCCAUUUCUCAGAAUAAACCGAACCAUUUCCUCAUUUUCUCCCCUAAAUAUAACCAUCUCCACCACCAAAAAUCCCUCAUUACAUUUUCUCUCUCCUCCUUCAAGGCUUCAACAAUGGCGCUCCUAUCUCAGGCCGCAACCCGAAGCACCGCCAUAAAAACCCUCCCAUCUCUCUCCUCCAUGUCAUCAUCUUUCCACACAACCCACCCUUCUCUCUCCUCCACAUCAUCAACCACCACUCAACCAACAACCUACGGCAAGGCCCCACCUCCUGCGUUACCUAAGUCAGCUGAGUACGUGAUUUCUAAGGUUGACGACCUGAUGAAUUGGGCCCGUCGUGGGUCGAUUUGGCCCAUGACUUUUGGGCUGGCUUGUUGUGCUGUUGAGAUGAUGCAUACGGGUGCGGCCCGUUACGAUCUGGAUCGGUUUGGUAUCAUAUUUAGGCCCAGUCCUCGUCAGUCGGAUUGUAUGAUUGUUGCCGGUACUCUUACUAAUAAGAUGGCUCCUGCUCUUCGCAAGGUCUAUGACCAGAUGCCAGAGCCCAGGUGGGUUAUAUCUAUGGGAAGCUGUGCAAAUGGAGGUGGAUACUAUCAUUAUUCAUACUCUGUUGUUCGAGGUUGUGACCGGAUUGUUCCAGUGGAUAUCUAUGUCCCUGGCUGCCCACCAACAGCUGAGGCCUUGCUUUAUGGACUUCUGCAGCUACAGAAGAAAAUUAACAGGCGCAAGGAUUUCCUUCACUGGUGGACCAAGUGAGCACAUUGCGCUUAUAUUCCUUUGACAUGGCUACAGUUUGGCGAGAUAAUAAUCUGUGUAGUGUAUGCCGGCUUGUUAUGGCCAAGGGUCAUUCAUGAUAUCUGAAGAAAGCCCCUUGAAAUUACUAUGAACUGUAAAGCCCAGUUGUGGUUUUUUAUUGUAUCUGAUGAGAGGUUUAUAUGUUUUUUUAGUUUCCUCAGUUCCAGAUUUUUUUAAAAUUUGAAAUUCUAAAUGUUUUUUGCUUUCUGGCCGAAUUGAAGCUGUCUUUUGGUUUUGUAUCUUGGGUUAAGGAUGAAGAGAACCUUUGAUAAAAAUUCAGUCUUCUAAUAAAGAUUAUGUAGCUUUGUACUUUGUUUA